AUGAGCAUAGAGUUUGUAAAGUCUUCAGGAAAAAAAAAUCUGCCUAGUACAUCAUGUACUACAAAUAAUCCUAAGAAUGACAUCCAAAUCAGUUCUGUGAAUCCUUUCUCGGUGCAGGUUCAAACAACAAAUAAUUCCAAUAGGAAAAGAAAAUGGGACAAAUUUCCUUACUGUGUUUACUGCAUGAACAAAUAUCCAAAGUUACCAAGGCAUUUUGAGAAUAAACACAGUACAGAGAAAGAUGUUGUCUAUGCAUUAAGUUUCAGAAAGGGAAGUACUGAAAGGAAAAUUUUAUGGCAGAAACUGGCAAAUAAAGGCAACCAUGCUCAUAAUGUUGAAAUACUUAAAGAUGGAUAUGGCUAUAUCAUACCAUACAGAAGACCAUCAUUUACAGUUCCUGUAUCGCAGUAUCUCCCUUGUCCUGAAUGUUUGGGUUGGUUCAUCAGAGCAGAACUGUAUAAACACAACAAGAUAUGUCCUGUCAAACUGUUUGAAAAUGCAACACCAAAAUUAAUUCACCGAAGAAUACAACAAGUAGCAGGAAUGUUAUUACCACAUAGUGAUAAUGUUACAGAGGGUAUGGCGGACAGAGUGCUCUCUAGAAUGACUCAGGAUGAAGUGACAGUAAUUGCAAGAAAUGAUUAUCUUAUCAUAGAAUUUGGAUCCAGGGAAUAUAUGAAAGUUGGUACAGAAUCUGCAAAGAUCCAGUAUGUGAAGCAGAAAAUGAGAGAACUUGCAAAACUUCUAAUAGAACUUAGAAAGAUCAGUAAGAAAAAUGCAUCCUCCCUAAAAGAAUAUAUUCAUCCUUCAAAGUUUGAAAUCGUAAUCCAGGCAACACAGCAGUUGGCAGACUAUAACCUUGACGAUAGAGUUCUUGGAAAACCUUCUCUUGCAUUAAAGCUGGGCCACUCUCUAAAGAAAUGUACUACAAUCUGCAUGGCUGAGGCAAUCAAAAAUGAAGACUCUAUCAAUGAAUUAGCAGCUAAAAAAUUCCUUAAAUUGUGUGAGAUACAGUGGGCACAGUCGAUGAGUUCACAUGCACUUAAUACUAUGAAUAAAAAGAAGAGGAACAUGCCAAAAUUUCUUCCAUUAGUUGAAGAUGUUGUGAAGGUAAACAUGUAUCUGAAAAAGACUGCCACUGAUGCUUAUAAAGAUCUACAAGAAGAUACAACCACAUCAACCUGGAAGAAUUUGAGUGAGAUAACAUUAGCCCAAUUGAUUUUAUUCAAUAGGAGGAGGAGUGGGGAAAUGGAAAGAAUGCUUCUAGAAGAUUUUAGAGAAGUACGAGGAGUCAAUCAAGAAGCUGGUUCAUCUUUGACAAGUUGGGAGCAAAAUCUGUGUCGCUUGAUUGAUAGAGUUGAAAUAAAAGGCAAAAGAGGAAGAAAUGUGCCUGUUCUAUUAACCAAGGAUCUCUGUAAUCGGAUAAAAUUACUUAUCGAAAAGAGAAAAGAUGUUAAAGUCAAUGUGGCAAAUCCAUACAUUUUUGCGCGUUUACAAAACUCACUGCGCCCAGUACGUGCACAGUAUGCCUGA